UCAAAGGGUUUUGAACGUCGAAAGCGACACGAUGAAUCUGAGAUUCGAUCGCCAUGGCAACUUUGGGCAAGGCGGCGGUGCCCCAGCGCGCAAAGAUUGGCGUCCGCAUUCGUCCGCUGCUUCCAGACGAGGAAGGUGCGCAGCACGAUAAGCACGCAUGGACGUGGCACAACCGCACCAUUUCGCAGCAAAUCUUUCCUGCCCACCGCGGAUCCUCGUCAACGGAAGCCGCGGCUCUCGACAGGCGAAUGAAGGAUUCCCCAACGGCCUAUACUUUCGACCGCCUCUUUCCCCCUGAAACGUCGACUGCGGUGGUGUAUGGAUCUGUGGCCAAGGACGCCGUGAUGGAUGCGAUGCGAGGGGGGCACAACGCACUUGUGGUCGCAUACGGCCAGACCAACUCUGGCAAGACGUAUUCAAUCCAAGGCAAGGGUGGCAUAAUUGGCCUUGCGCUUCGAGACAUCUUCCAGCAUGUCCAGGAGCAGCGAAACACUACCGAAUACCUUAUUCGAGUGGCCUUUGUGGACAUUGACAACGAAUGCUUCCAAGACCUGUUGACUACUUCGCCAUCGACCGAGCCAAUUCGGAUGGUUCAAGGUGCUCGUGGCGAAUUUGAGUUGACUGGGCACACGGAAGUUUCGGUUAUGUCUCUGGGCCACGCCCUGGCCAUCCUGGACGCAGGAAUCGCCAAGCCAGGACGGGGUGCAGCGAUGUCUCAACGCCACACUAUUUUGCGUGUGACGGUGGAGUAUCAGGCAAAAGUCACCACUCUGACUCUACCAUCCGCCAACACGAAUCCUGUGCACAUGGCGGUGCUCCAUUUUGUCGAUUUGGCACCGUCUGAAAGCGUGAAUCGGGUGGUCCAAGGCCGAGACGUGGCAGGUGGAAUGAACAAGAGUUUGCUGGCAUUUGGGCACAUUUUGUGGAAGCUCAGCCACGAAGCCCACAAGCCGACGACCCCCCCCCAGACCACGGACCUUCCCUACGGAGACUCGCAGCUUACACGCAUGCUGCAGCCAUCUCUGGGCCCCCACGCCUCGCUGGUCAUGUUGUGCACCUUGUCUCCGUCACUUUCCGGAUUGAACGAAACCCACAAAACACUCAAGUUUGCCAGUCGGGCCAAGCGUAUUCAUUACACUCUGAGGCCUCGCCCCGAUGCCGUGAUGGACGAGUCGUCACCCCAUCUCGCUUCAUCCGACUCGACGACAUACGCCAUCCUCGCCCUGCGGCGCCAACUGGCGUCGCUGCAUGCUCAGUUGAGCGACACCGUCGACGACGACAGCCGCGACAGCAUUCGCGUGGCGCUGCACAACGUCCACCGCGUGCUCUUGAAUUCGGACGACGGGGUGGAUAUGGUGAGCAAUGAUGCUCCUUUGACGCCCAAGUCUUCGGAUGGAAGAGUUGGUGCGUCUGAUGGUUCUGGUGAUGGCCGACCCUCGGCCCCCAGUAGCCACAGAACAAGAACCUCUUCUUCGAGUCAUUGGAAUGACGACUCGAUGUCCGUGGCUUCUGCCGGCGAGUUCUUUCUGGACGACAGUCCCACCGUGCAUGCCGCUACCCUCGAGAUCCUUCGACACAAGUACUCAUACCACGCCUCGCUCGUGGUUGGAUUGUUCAUGCUCACUGACCUUGUUAUCACUAGAAUCGAUAGCCUCCGCCUGAACGCGGACGAUGCGGCCGUGUUACUCCAUGGUCUGUUGGUGCUGGAACGGGCGUACAACAACGCCACGGCUACACUGUCGGCGACGUUAUGAUUACGUCCUUGCGACUUUAGUGCCAUCCUUUAAACAUCAUUUCAUGACUUCCCUCACGGCAGUCUGUCUAUAAAUAACACGAAUAUGAAACCCCCCUUGCGUUUCGCAA